AUGUGGAGCAUAGAAGCUGAACGCAGCCUCUCCAUGUCUUUGUCUGUUGACAGAAAUACUGGAGACACUCUGCUUACGAAGACGCUGCAGGCUACAGAACACAAACAAACCCAGAGACUGUAUCCAACAUUACCAACUAUAAACAGGUAUGAUGUUUGCCUCCCUCUUGGCUCCACUGGGGAAACGCGAUGGACGGCUGUGGAGGGUCAAAGUUUAAAGAAAGACACACAGUUUGAAAAGCCAGUCAGCAGUCAUGACACCAUGAAAGAGCAGAUUCUCAUCUUAGAGCAGCAGAAUAAAGAGCUUCUUGCUAUUAAUACUAAGUGGGCAAAAGAAUAUAGAACCAUGAUGCAGUUUUACAAGAAAAAGGUCCAGUUUUUAAAGGCUUUAACACAAGAUAGUCUCACUGAUGAAGAAAAAAGUCAUGAAGAGGAGAAGCAUGUCACAUUUUCUAAAAAGGAACAUGCCCAUCAAGACCCUCAGCCUAGAACAGAUGGCGUUAGAAACAAGUUACAAACUACAGAGGAAGAGCUGCGAGCGCAGAACCACGCUCUGAGCCAAAGGUGGCAGCAUCAGCAGGAGGAGAUCAGGCGGCUCAACAAGGUCUUAGAGGAGACGCUAAAGAGCUCUCAGCCUCAGGAGAUGAGCAGCGAAACACUACAAGACAUCUGGAAACAUCAGGCGGAAGUCUACAAGGAGGACUUUCUGAGAGAGCGAAGAGACAGGGAGAAGCUGAAGGGGAAAAAUCUGGAACUAGAGAAACGCUAUAAAAAGAUUCAUGAAGAGCUACGUGUGUUCAAAUCUCAGGUGACGCUGGCGCAGCCGAUGCACCACUGCUGCUGCAUGAAUCGAGCCAAACAUCCAGACUGGGAAGAGCAGCACAUCCAGCAGCAAAGACGCUACACCUACAGCAGCAAAGACUGAAAUUAUGAAGAGAAGGCAACCUUGGCACAAAACCCUGGAGAAGGGCAAUCUGCAACUGCUUCAAUUUACUGAAGACACACAGUGUUUGCACUGCCAAAACACUAUGACUGAUGAAGACCUGAAACACAUGUUUAAAGGUCUUAAUUUCUGAAACUGUCUGCAAAAAGGAAGAGUUAAACACAGCCAUAAUGAACGGCUUCAUUUAAUUCUAGCAAGGGAAGGAAACUUAAGCUUUGCUGCAACUACAACCUUAUAACUUCUGACUUUUUAUACACUAUUUAUUUUUAAGCGAUUUUUAUGACCUUUAAUUCUGCAUUUAAAGAUUUGAAAAAAAUAGAGGAGCAUGUUGAGAAAAU